UCCUUCUACACUUGGAAAGAGAUGUCGAAUUCUAGGAUGAAUGGUGUUGAGAAGUUAAGCAGCACAUCUACAAGGCGUGUCGCAAAUCCCGGGAAGGCAACAGUGCUUGCUCUUGGCAAAGCCUUCCCAAGCCAAGUCGUUCCUCAGGAGAAUCUAGUGGAAGGAUUUCUACGAGACACCAAAUGUGAUGAUGCCUUUAUCAAAGAGAAGCUGGAACACUUGUGCAAAACCACAACCGUGAAGACACGCUAUACGGUAUUGUCGCGAGAGAUAUUGGAUAAAUACCCUGAGCUAACAACAGAGGGUUCACCAACAAUCAAGCAAAGACUUGAAAUUGCAAACGAGGCGGUUGUGGAAAUGGCAUUGGAAGCCAGUUUAGGUUGCAUCAAGGAAUGGGGAAGGCCAGUGGAAGACAUCACUCACAUCGUCUACGUUUCCUCGAGCGAGAUCCGAUUACCUGGUGGUGACCUCUACCUCUCAGCAAAGCUAGGCCUAAAGAAUGACGUAAACAGAGUGAUGCUGUAUUUUCUGGGAUGCUACGGAGGUGUGACUGGCCUCCGUGUGGCCAAAGACAUUGCUGAGAACAACCCGGGAAGCCGUGUUCUGCUCACAACCUCUGAAACCACCAUUCUCGGGUUUCGCCCACCAAACAAAGCUCGUCCUUACGAUUUAGUUGGAGCUGCCCUGUUUGGAGAUGGUGCAGCUGCUGUGAUCAUCGGAGCUGACCCGAAAGAGUGUGAAGCUCCUUUCAUGGAGCUGCACUAUGCUGUUCAGCAGUUCUUGCCAGGGACACAGAACGUGAUCGACGGGAGGUUGACAGAGGAAGGCAUAAACUUCAAGCUAGGAAGAGACCUCCCGCAGAAGAUAGAGGAGAACAUAGAAGAGUUCUGCAAGAAGCUGAUGGGAAAGGCAGGUGAUGAGUCGAUGGAGUUCAAUGACAUGUUCUGGGCUGUUCAUCCAGGAGGACCUGCGAUUCUGAACCGUCUGGAGACAAAACUAAAGCUGGAGAGAGAGAAGCUGGAGAGCAGCAGAAGGGCGUUGGUGGAUUACGGGAACGUGAGCAGCAACACGAUACUGUAUGUGAUGGAGUAUAUGAGAGAUGAGCUGAAGAAGAAAGGCGAGGCCGCACAAGAGUGGGGACUUGGCUUAGCUUUUGGACCUGGAAUCACCUUCGAAGGCCUUCUCAUCCGCAGCCUCACCUCUCCCUAAUUAAGUGUCACGAGGAAAAAGAAGAGAAAAAAAUAUAUGUAAUUUUACAUUACAUUUGGGUUAUACAAAAACUUAUUGUAAGCAUGAAAUGAGUAUUCAGUAUUGUUAAAACAA